UGACUGACUUCUCUAGGUGACAUUUACCACAGUCUUCUUGUUUAUCUGCUGGUUUGUUCCAUGUGAGAAGGUGAGCCUGUGAGGGAAGGGAAUGCUGCCUCUCCCGCUGCACCUCCAACAGGGUCUGUCAUGUAGUAAGGAGAUGUCCAUGGGAUGAACGGCCAAGUUGCUUUUCUCCUCCUGAGAUGCUGGUACCUGUUAGCGCCAGUGUCUUCUUGGGGGCAGGGUCAGAUAGCUCUUGAUUUCACCGCCACCCCCGGGAAACCAACAAAACAUAACAAUAAAGCAUCAUCGUUAUUUAACCUCUCACUUUUUCCACCUUGUAGAGCUACCCUCCUCCGCCCCACACCACUCUUCGCAGAAAGGAUCUGCUGCGACAGUGUCAAUUGCUGUGAGGACCAGGGUGGGAUUCGCUUGGCACCAUCUGCAAACAGAGCUGCAGUGAACUCUCUGGGGGAAAGAGAAUUGGCCUGCUUCCCUGGCAGCGGCGGAUGCACAGUGGAGAGCUGCAUGGGAGGACCAGGCAUCUGGUGGCUACUUUCUACGUUUCACACCAGGAAACAGAAUCAGAUGAAGAGCCCAUGUUUAUCCUGGAAAUAGAAGGAUUAAAAAACGUUUCUACUAAGAACACUACCAUUUCCUUUUGGAUCUGAAGACUGGGGGACAAUGGAUAUCAUAGAGACAGCAAAACUUGAAGAACAUAUGGAAAAUCAAACCAACGAUCCGGCCAAUACUGCCGAAGAAGAAGAGAAAAAUGGCCCCGGUAAACCCAAGAGCUUAUCCAAUGGGCUGCGCAAGGGCUCCAAAAAGUACCCAGACUAUAUCCAAAUCUCGAUGCCCACGGACUCCAGGAGCAAAUUCCCCCUGGAGUGGUGGAAAACGGGCAUCGCGUUUGUGUAUGCUGUGUUCAACCUCGUCCUGACGACGGUCAUGAUCACAGUCGUGCACGAGAGGGUCCCUCCCAAGGAGCUCAGCCCUCCACUCCCAGACAAGUUUUUUGAUUACAUUGAUCGGGUGAAGUGGGCAUUUUCUGUAUCAGAAAUAAAUGGGAUUAUAUUAGUUGGCUUAUGGAUCACCCAGUGGCUUUUUCUGAGAUACAAGUCAAUAGUGGGGCGCAGGUUCUUUUUUAUCAUCGGAACGUUAUACCUGUACCGCUGUGUUACCAUGUAUGUCACUACGCUGCCUGUGCCCGGCAUGCAUUUCCAGUGUGCUCCGAAGCUCAAUGGAGACUCUCAGGCAAAAGUGCAGCGGAUCCUGCGGUUGAUUUCCGGGGGAGGACUGUCCAUAACCGGGUCGCACAUCUUGUGCGGGGACUUCCUCUUCAGCGGUCACACGGUCGUGCUGACACUAACUUAUCUCUUCAUCAAAGAAUACUCGCCUCGUCACUUCUGGUGGUAUCACUUAGUCUGCUGGCUGCUGAGCGCCGCCGGGAUCAUCUGCAUUCUCGUGGCUCACGAGCACUACACGGUGGAUGUCAUCGUUGCCUACUACAUCACCACACGGCUGUUCUGGUGGUACCAUUCCAUGGCCAACGAAAAGAACCUGAAGGUCUCUUCACAGACUAAUUUCUUAUCUCGUGCGUGGUGGUUCCCCAUCUUUUAUUUUUUUGAGAAAAACGUACAAGGCUCGAUUCCUUGCUGCUUCUCCUGGCCGCUCUCCUGGCCUCCGGGCUGCUUUAAGUCUUCGUGCAAGAAGUACUCGCGGGUUCAGAAGAUCGGGGAAGACAAUGAGAAAUCGACCUGAGGAGCAAAACAAAGGCUUCAGCUCUUAUACCCAAAGAGGUAUCGCUGUAACCAAAGGGAUAGUUUUGUUUGUUUUUUUAUUUUAGGAGAACUGACUGGUAAAUGAAGAAGUGGACCAAGUUUUGUGUAAACGAUUAGAAAGAUGAACAAAGCGUUACGCUUUGACUGUUGGUUUUUUUACGCCUCCUGAGAAAGUCGUCUUCUCCUGAGGCUCUUCCUUCACGGUGACAAGCCCUCCGCCGGGAUUCCCUGACGAGCUUGGAAAGAGGUGCCAAAGAACACGUCCGCCUGCCCUUCGUCUUUCUCCACUAAAGCAUUUUUUCAGGAUUUCUUUUCCUCCAGGGUCAGAAGGAUUUGCCAAUGUUUUCAAUAAACUAUCUGGACAGUUACAACCUAAUGUUGAGGGUGGAUUUGAGCACUGGGCCUCUUAGUGAGGGGGAGACGCGGGGGUUGUGAGUAAACCUCGGGUGAACUUAUUCUCCCUGUCCUGGGGAAGGUCAGGGUCAGGUCUGCGAAUAUGUACUGCUGCUACCACCCAAUGUACUAUGUGUCACUUUUACUUUAUUCUUUUUAACUGAUGAUUUUAUUUAAAACAUGAAAGAAACGUGAUCUAAGUAAAUAUGGAAAUAUUUGACACACCCCACAGAUUUUACUUGGGCGUAAAUACUUACUUUUAAGAUCUCUCUGACAGAUGUACAGGGAGCAGGGCGGUUCCCGCUCACAGUGGUCCUUGUUUGCACACUGGCUGAGCACAGGCUGAAAAACACGUGCGUGAACUGUGGCUCGUGCCACGUGGGAAACAGGCCUGCAUUUCUCGCCCGGGUCCCCCCUGGGUGAGGUCUGUUUCAGAGCUGCUCACCGGAGCUCAGAAAUGCAAUUGGUCCCAUCUCACUAAGCCCACUUCUUGCUAGUUACAUUCUGCUUUAUGGGAAAAGGAAGGCGGAGCCCAAAAGUUGCAUGAAUGCAUCCUUUUUGCCGGAGGCCCAGCUUCUUGUAAACGGAGCGUUUAUAGGAAGGAAGGACUGAGGAGCCAGACCACAAUGAAGUCGUUCCACUCUGACCCUGCCAGGACACCACUGCGCUGCACGCCGACCUGCUGCUGGAAUCCAGGCGUUAGCACAGCUGGUCGCUAAAGGGGGCUGGUCGUUUCUAAAGUUCUUUCAGGUGAUGCGG